AAUUCCAUUCAAAUUAAAGUCAUUUCAUUUCAUCACGAUUUCAACUUCUUCUCUCUCCUCUCUCUCACUCUCUCUCUCGUUUCUGUCUGAAGACUCUGAACUGUGACGACUCGUGCUCUGUGUGUGUGUGUGAAAAUGGCGGGGUUUGGUCGUCCUUCGUCGCAAAUGCAAGCUUUCGUUCUCUCUUUCUGCUUGUGCUUGGCAGAUCGAUGAAUGCGUUGCGGAGUUCCUUGCAGAUUCUCGCGGUUUUAUGAUGACGCUGUUUGUUAGCUCGCUCUCGAUUAAUACUGUGGAAAUCAUUUGAUUUCCAGCUAUUUGAAGCAUGUGUAGUGGUCCAGAGAAGUUAAAUCCCCAGACCCCAUCUUCAUCAUCUCCCUUGGAAACUGAUACUGUAAGAAAAAAUAUGAAUAACCAUACUGAAAUGGUUAAUACCAACAAUUCUUUCUCAAGUUUGCUUGAGUUUGCAGCAAACAAUGAUGUUGAGGGUUUCAAGAAAUGUAUUGAGUGUAAUGCUUCUGCUAUCAAUGAGAUGGGGCUUUGGUAUGGGCGCCAGAAUGGCUCAAAACAGAUGACCUUUAUGCAUAGAACCCCAUUAAUGGUUGCUGCUAUGUAUGGUAGUGUUGAUGUCGUUAAACUAAUACUCUCUCUUUCUGAGGCGGAUGUAAAUCAGUCUUGCAGCCCAGAUAAGAGCACUGCCCUUCACUGUGCGGCUUCUGGUGGGUCUGUUAAUGCAGCUGAUGUUGUCAAGAUGCUUGUACUUGCUGGUGCUGAUCUUAAUUCCACUGAUGCCAAUGGACGUUGCCCAAUAGAUGUUAUUGUUGUUCAUCAGAAGCUUCCCUAUUUGAGAGUUGCUCUUGAAGAGCUACUCAAAAAUAGUGAAACUGUUUCUUUAAAGGAUUUGCAGGUUUCCACUAUCAGUUCAAAAUCCAACUCACCAUCCCUUUCCUCGUCUCCAGAUAUUUCAUCUGCCUUGGAUUUGAUAUCUUCCCCCUUCACUUCUAGGACCUAUGAUGUCCAUGUUUCUUCUGCCCCUGAGAAGAAAGAAUACCCGAUUGAUCCGUCUCUUCCCGAUAUAAAAAACAGCAUCUAUUCUACAGAUGAGUUUCGGAUGUUCUCAUUCAAGGUCAGGCCUUGUUCCCGAGCCUAUUCCCAUGAUUGGACUGAGUGCCCUUUUGUUCAUCCAGGUGAGAAUGCUCGAAGAAGAGACCCAAGGAAGUUCCAUUACAGUUGUGUUCCUUGUCCUGAUUUUCGGAAGGGGGCAUGCAGACGUGGUGAUUUGUGUGAAUAUGCUCAUGGGGUUUUUGAAUGUUGGCUCCAUCCAGCACAAUAUAGGACUCGUCUCUGCAAGGAUGGCACAAGUUGUGCUCGACGAGUCUGUUUCUUUGCCCACACACCUGAGGAACUCCGGCCCCUAUAUGUGUCCACUGGAUCGGCUGUUCCAUCCCCUCGAUCAGCCGCCUCAACUACUGUCAUGGAUAUGGCUGCAGCUAUGAGCCUUUUGCCUGGCUCUCCCUCAGCUGCUUCGGUCAUGUCACCUUCUCCAUUUACUCCGCCCAUGUCUCCAUCUGGUAAUGGUUUUUCACAUCCAACUAUGGCUUGGCCGCAACAAAAUAUUCCAACUUUGCACCUUCCUGGCAGCAAUCUCCAAACUAGCCGUCUUAGAUCAUCUAUUAAUGCACGGGAUAUUCCAACGGAGGAGUUCAAUAUGUUGCAGGAUUUUGAAGUGCAGCAGCAGCUCCUUGAUGAUUUGUCAUCUUUCUCACAAUCACAUCUUAGUUCUUCAUCCACAAAUCUUCCUGUUCGAUCAAAAAUUCUAACGCCUUCGAACCUUGAUGAGCUUUUCUCAGCUGAGAUUUCAUCUCCGCGUUUUUCCGAUCAAGUUGCUGCUUCGUCAGUUCUUUCCCCAUCUCACAAAUCAGUGAUUCUGAAUCAAUUCCAGCAACAGCAAAGUGUGUUAUCUCCAGUCAACACAAAUGUCUUCUCCCCAAAAAGUGUUGAUCGUCCGUUCUUGCCGGCCUCUUACAGCAUUCCAUCUCCUGGGAGGAUGUCACCUCGAAGCAUUGAGCCUCUGUCCCCAGUGGGCCCUUGGCCAUCUGCUUUUGCUCAUCGUGAUAUGCAGCAGCAACAACUACGCAGCUUCAGCUCGCGGGAUCUUGGAUCCUGCCUCCCACAGGAUCUUGGGUCUAAUGGUGCAGGAAUUGUUGGUUCCCCUGCCCAUUCUUGGUCAAAAUGGGAAUCGUCUAAUGGAAAAGUUGAUUGGUCUGUUAAAGGAGAACUGGGUCGGUUUCAGAGGGCUUGUUCAAAUGGGCAUAAUGGAGAGGAACCUGACGUUUCAUGGGUUCAGUUACUGGUGAAAGAGUCACCACCUGAAAUUAAGGAAUUGCCUGCUGUUCCAGUUUCAGGUGCACCUGCAUCUGGCGAAGGCUCAAAUUCAAACUCUCUUGUUGAUAACGUUGAUCAUGCAACAGUUUUAGGAGCAUGGCUUGAACAGAUGCAGCUUGAUCAAAUUAUUGCAUAGUAGGAAAUGAAGUCAUUUUUACUGAGACUUGGGCUUGAGGCAGCGAAAGCAGGAGAUGUAAUUGCUUUCUAGUUGAUUGGUGGUGCAGGCUGCGAGAGUAAGAACUAAGGAAGGUAACAGUUACAAUAGAGGCCGCAUGAAGGUCGAAGUUCAGAAAAAGUAGAUUCAUUUUCAUCAUUUAUUAUUAUUAUUACAGAUGAUGUAGGAAGGGAUGAGAAGGCCUGGCAGGGUUAUCAGCAAAGGCUCGGCCCUGGUCAGGUAUUUUCCCCAUUUCAUUUCCCAAUAAUUUAUUUUUAUAUUAUAAAUAGCUUACAUGCUUCAUUAAGAUGAAACCAAAAGCUUUGGUUUGCUGUCCCUUUUAUCAUUUAACUUCAAUGUAUUUAUUCAUUUGGGAUAAACAUUGUAAUUGGGGUUGAACAGGAAGAGGGAGAGGGAGGGGGAUGUUAUAUUUCUUCUUGCAUGGGUUUUUUCUUCCCCAUGCUUUGACCAGGCCCUUGCAGAAAGAAAAAGGAAUGCAUUUAUAUAGUGGGGAGGAAAAAAAAGAAAGAAAUAUAGUGACGAUGAUGAUGUGUUUUCCAAUUGUCAAUGAAUUAUUGUAGGGGCAGAAAGUGACUGUAUGUGGGGCAUUUGGUUCUUUGGUGAUGUAACAGUGUAUUAAAGUUUAUUAUUAUUAUUUUUUAUCAGUACGAUUAUUUGUAUCCUUCA